AUGGGCAGCACUGACUCUUCGCUCUACAGCAGCGACAUUGAGUAUCAUGGCCUCUCCUCCUCGUCUGGUUUCUGGCAGAUUGGUGGCGCGUCCAUGAUGGUCAAUGGUCAGACAGUAACUUUCGGCUUUGGCACCAUCAUUGACUCUGGCAUCACGCUCGCAUUUGGCCCCUCCGACGGUGUUGCCCAACUCUAUGCUGCUAUCCCUGGAUCCUAG